AUGCCAAGAAGUGAAUCUCCUAUUGUGGUUCCACAAAAAAAGGUUUGCUUGCAGAAGGCUGAAGUCUUGGUCCUCAGAGCCCACCUAGAAGACUGGAAGUCUGUGAAAGGUAAAGAAAGAUCGAGGGUGCUGCUUGCCAUCUACAAGGAAGCGUCCCUCCAAGCUCCCACCAAGGAAAAGGCCCUGUUGAAAGCUCGGCGAAAGAUUUACAAGCAGUGGUUGCAGAACCAGUCUCGCCGGAGAGGAGCUGCAAAGCCCCUUAUCAAGUAUGGCUGUCAUUGGACAGCGAGGCAAGUCUUGAUUCACACACACAAAGCCUCAAUUCGACAGGAGAUGGGAGAGAUGGCUGGAAGCGAGGGGAUGAUUACCAGAUGGCUGAAGGCAGCAAAGACAGUCAUUAAUCGUUUGUCGGCGGAGGAGAGAGAGGAAGCGGAGGCCAUGGCGGAGAAGUGGAACAACGAAGCGGUCGCCGAGAGCAAGGGCGCCGACAUGAUCGAGCAUUUCGCAACUGAAAUGUUCAAGAAAGCCGGAAUGAGGGUCUGCAUCCUAUCAGGUUGGAAGGACAGCCAAGGCAAGCUUAUGUUGGGAGGUGACUGCAGCCACGACUUCAAUGAACAGUUCGGGGAUGGAGAGAGCUUUAUCAAGACAAGGGAUUGGGAUGGUAUCAUCAUGCCUGAAUGGGUGGAAUAUGUGGGGGAGCAAUUUGAUGGCGAGGACGAUGGGGAACCCCAGAUGGUGAAAUCAAAGAAACGAGUCGCCAAGAAAUUAGUUGAACUUGACGAAGACGCCGAUGGGUGGCCGAUUCUGCCCGACACAACGGGUUGGAAACAAGCCGAACAACAGCACAUGAUUUGGUCUUUCUUGAUGAAGCUCUAUAGAAUGUGCUCCGGCGAAGAAAACCUGAAAGCGGCAGUGCCAUGGGGAGAUGUAAUCCAUGACCCAUGGGCGUUCUUUGACGGCGCCCAUUGGCCGGCCGGCGUGCAGCUCAAGGAGCCAUCCAAGAUGGAUAAAGCAGAUGCCACCACCGUACUAGAUUUCUGGUUUGACCGCCAGAAAAACAACAUGCAACCAGCCUUCUCAUUCAAGGCCUGGAAAGAUUCCGAUGGCGAGAUGCAAGAGGCGGACUUGUGGCCACCCAGUGCUCACCGUGCCAAUGCCACAAAGCAGAGCACAGGGAAGGGUAAGGGCAAAGCCAACCCUAAAGCUAACCGCCGCUGUGUGGCAGAGGAUAACAAUUCGGAGGACGAGUUGAAUGGUGAUCUUGGAGAGGAUGGUUGGAGAGCCCAAGAUUUUGCCACCCCCAAAGGUCGCCUUGCCGACCAAGAAGAAGCAGGCUGCAGGUUCACACCGGGAUACCAGACAAGUUGUCGCUGA